AUGUUACCCUUUAUUCUUGAUGGUGAACGUAUUAAAAAAUGCAUCUUUUACUUGGAAAAUAUUGUGCUCGAGACAUCUAGAAACCACCAUUCGAGAAUCCUAAACGAAUGCGUAAGAAUUUGUCGAAGAAACAGCCUGGUGUUUUUUGUGAGUGCUGCUGGGACUGCAGCUAUUUGGACCACGAAACCACUUUUCUGGAAAAGACGAGAAUUUCCAGUCGAUGUCUGGUUGCCUUUUGACGUGAAAGAAAACAUCUUCGUAUUUUCCUUUGCCUACUUAAUUAUCGGUAUAGGGCCAUUUCUUGCUGGUCUGAUAAAUGCCAGCGUGGAUCCUUUGAUUGCAGGUCUCAUCUAUCAUGCAACAAGUCAAAUGAAAAUUUUGAAAGAUAAUUUACAAAACGUUUCCGAUUAUGCCGAGGAAGAAAUUUUAGAAAUGGGCAAACUAAAUCGGACAAAAAAUGUAACAAAACAAGGACUUGUUACUGAGACCCUGAAAAAGUGCAUCGUUCAUCACGAUGAAAUUCUAAAGUUUGUUAAGGAAUUCGAAGAUUGCUUUUCAUUGGUGGUGUUCAGUGAAUUGGCGGCCGCAAUUUUCGUAAUUUGUUUUUCUUGUCUGCAGCUGAGCAAACUUGACUCCAUAGAUUCGUACUUUGGGCAAUUUGUGAUGUAUCUAAAUGUUGUUCUAGUUGAAGUAUAUUUCUACUGCUACUACGGUUCUCGUCUUUCGGUAGAAAGCGAUUCGUUAAGAGAUGCUAUUUAUAUGGGUCCAUGGUACACCUGCGAUAUUAGAACUCAGAGAACCUUGUUAAUAAUAAUGGAACGUGCAAAAAUUCCUGUCAUAGUUACCGCUGGAAAACUUGUGGAUUUGUCUCUGGUUACUUUUACCACGGUAAGUAAAUUCGAUGAUGUCGAGUUCGAGUUCGACUUCGACACCGACACCGACACCGACACCGGUCUGAACUGA